GUGGCGACAUGAGGGUAUCCCCAGUGGAGAGCAACAGGAGGGCUAAGUCAUCUACCUCCUAAAGACAGAGGGUCAUCAGACACGACCAAGACAGUACCUAGGCCCCCACCACUUCCAACCCGUGUAAUCUGAGACGAGUCACGUCAUCUAUCUGAGACUGAGUUUCUCCAUCCAUCAACCAGGAGUAGAAUAGUGACCACCUCCUUGAUUUGUAGCAAGAAUUACAUGUGAGACACAAGCAAGGGGCCAGGCACGGAGAGAGUAUCUAUAGCAUCGCAUCACUCCUAAGAUGCAUUUUUUUUUUUACUAACAGGCGCGUUGCGUAGUGGACGAUUACACUCUGGAAAGGAGGCCCGGUAGCCAGCCUCCAGGUGAGCUCACGGCAGGUGGGUGCCACGAAGCUGUAUCUGCCCAGCCGGGACGAUGUCUGGACGCCCGGUGAGCCGUUCCAACAUCCACAGCCGCUUGAACCAUCCCAACAAUGUGUCCUUUUCGGCCCAGGCUCCAGGCUGGCCCCACGGCCCCGGUGUGAGCGGGGCUGAUGGUGUCAAACGCCCCUGCACCCCGAGCGGCUCUGAGACCAGCAGCUGCAGCCUCUCCUCGGAGCAGCCCGACAGCCCCAGCUUCUUCAGACUCCCAGUGAGGAAAAUCUGCAUGGGCCGCCCCUACAACUCCAAGUUCGUAGAGACAAGCCACCUGGCGAACCACCCCAAGGUGGCCAGAAAACCCGCUUACCAUGGCGGCCCCCGCUACCUGCUCUGUACAGAACGUCCCUCAGGCCCCUGUAGCCCCACCUUCCUGGACCAACUCAUCAAAGGCAUCAACUACCUUGACAGAUCCACCAGUGCCUUCUGCUCCAAAUCGUCACUGAGCCUGCCCAGGCUUGCAGCCAACUGCCUGGAGCGUGCAGCCACCUCCAUCCACCUGGACCACCCAGACCACGCCUUCCCCCGUAGUUACUCCAACCCCGUCACCGGCGUGGCCGCCUCCAACGACUACACCAACACCUGCAUGGUGCCGUCCACCAGGGGCGUCAACUCUUUGCAGUGUGUGGAUGGGCCUGCCAACGCCAGAUGCCCACCCCGGCUUCAGAGACGGAGCCUUACACCCGUGCUGCCGCAGAGGCCGGGGACGAAGCUGCCUGAGCUCCCCUUGUUCGGCAACGGGAUCUUUUCCCUGGGUCACCUGCCCAAGUUCUGGGAGGCAAUCCGCUCGGGCUGGAGAGCCCCCGAGCCCAUCUCCAAACCCUGUAGCUGGUGGUAACAUCGACCGCGAAAUGGGUACAGGCGCAUCGGGCUGCAGCGGUUGAAAAUAAAUGGU